UAAAAAAGAAAAACACAACAACAACUAAAUUUUCUUAAUACUGUAUACCUUUUAAAGUAGGGUGGCGGGUAAUAAGUGGAAGAGAAAAAUGUUUCUCUCUCUUCCUACGUUGACUGUUCUUAUUCCACUGGUCUCUUUAGCAGGACUGUUUUACUCAGCCUCUGUGGAAGAAAACUUCCCACAGGGCUGCACUAGCACAAGCAGCCUUUGUUUUUACAGUCUGCUCUUGCCGAUUACCAUACCAGUGUAUGUGUUCUUCCACCUUUGGACUUGGAUGGGUAUUAAACUCUUCAGGCAUAAUUAAUGCAA